AUGAAUAAUGUGGUCCGUCAUCCUUUCGAGAGAGCUCUUUCGGCCUAUCGGGACAAGCUUGAGGAUUAUGCACGGGACCUGAAAGACAGGGGAGGCUAUUAUUAUGCAAUCUACGGCAAGAAAAUAGUCAAGGCCUACCGCAAAGAGGGAACCAGUGGAGAGGACAGCAACCAGCACAGGGAACCAACUUUCCGAGAAUUCAUCCAGUACCUCCUCGAUACAGACGUUGAAGAAUACGACGAGCACUGGAGGCCCAUUUCCCUUCUGUGCACACCUUGCCAUAUUAAGUAUGAUGUCAUUGCAAAGAUGGAGACAUUGUCGAAGGAUGCAGACUUCAUCCUGUAUCAUCGUGGGCUGGCUGAUACAGUUCAUAUAGAAUGGUCACACAGGACAGACCAGCUCCAGAAGACGUCAGAUGUGGCAAAAACGUAUUUCUCACAGCUGACCUCCAGUGAAGUGAAACAGCUGUAUCAUAAAUACCUUCAAGACUUUCUAAUGUUCGAGUAUGAUUUGGAACCGUAUAUGAGAUUGACACAGACUUCAAAAAUCAACUCAACUUUAACCAUAGAUGGGAAUGAGGGUGAGGACGAGUACUAUAAUGAGGACGAUGAUGAGUAUAUUGAAGAUAGUGAGGAUGGUGAUGAGGAGGAGGAUGUAGAGUAUGAGGAAGAGGAGACUCCUAACACAGGUGAUCACGAUUAUGAAGAAUAUGCAGUUGAUAAUAAAGUCAGUGAAGUUGAUAAUAACCUUUAAAGUAUUGUCCUAAAAGGUUAUUAGAUAUUAUUUUACGUAGAAGUUACUAUUGGCGCAUUGGUGUUUGAACAGCAAAGUGGCAACUAGGCUUCUUAUUUUUAUCUGUGAUUUUAACAUAUAAAAAUUACAUUGACUUUCAGAUAUAUAAAUAUUUACAGUAUUGUGUGUUUAUACCUUAAAAUAUCAGUUACUGAGAUGAAUAAAAGGAAUCGUAGCAAAAUAACAUAAUGAAAACCUCUACAUUAAUUCAUAAACUUUAAACAAACCCAUAUUUAUAUAGGUAUUAUGCGUUGGCUUAUGUAUUUUACAUUGUGUUGUGAGCUUUCUAGAGAGUGGGUUUGCAGCAAUUCUGAAAAUGGGGCAUUGAAACAAUGUUAUGUAUUAGUUAAGUUUUUUUUUUUACGUUAAGGUCUAAGCACUUACCAUUCAUAUUAUUUUGUCAUCUGUCAAAAGUGAGAUCAUUACAUUCAUUGCUUCGCUCAAUAAUCUAAGGGCCAAACAUUUAAUGUAAAUAAUGUUUUUGCUGUGGGCUGUUCAAGAUCAAAUUUAGAGAACCAAUAUUAUAUAUGUUGCAACUACAGGUAUAAAAAACAUAAAUAUGCCUUUGUUCCAGUUGUGGAUUGUUACAGUUUGCUUCUUAGGGCUUUAAUGUAUUUGCAACAUCUACUGCCAAAUACAGAAGGGAUAAUGUCAUCCAGAUUAUAAUCUAAUGUUGUACUAGAUCAACUGAUCUCAUUUUACAUGUUUUAAAAUAAAUUUA